CCCUACGCAGUGCAGCCUUCGCCAAACCGUCUUCUUCGCAGCCUCUGCGGAACGCCAGAGAUUAUCGGACGCCGGACGCCGGACGCCGCGAGGGCUUGAAGGUGCCUUGCUAAUUUGGGAAGAGAUGGCUCGUUUUAGAAAUAAAAAAAGGAAGCUUGUUGUGAAACCAAUCGGUAAGAAGCAACCAAAUGUUGAUCAGAUAACUGGGGACAAGAUUCCCCAGAGCAUGGUGUUUUCGAGGGGGAAGUUGCCUGGUUCUCUUAGAACAUUGCGAACAGAUUUGAGAGAAUUAAUGCGUCCUUACACUGCUCUCAAUCUCAGGGAAACGAAGCGCAAUAAGCUCAAGGAGUUCUUGAAUUUUGCAGGGCCUAUGGGUGUUACACAUUUUCUCAUUUUAUCAAAAACCAAUGCUUCUCCAUACUUACGGGUUGCUCGUGCCCCUCAGGGCCCAACCCUUACAUUUAAAAUACUUGAGUAUGCACUGGCUGCUGACAUUGCAAAAUCUCAAUUGCACCCAAGGCGUCCUCCAAAUCUUUUUAAAAACUCUCCCUUGAUUGUGCUUUCUGGUUUUGGGACUGGGGAACAACAUCUAAAGCUCACUACUAUUAUGUUUCAGAAUAUCUUCCCUGCCAUCGAUAUAAACACUGUCAAGCUUUCUUCUUGCCAAAGGAUUGUGUUACUUAACUAUGACAAGGAGAAGAAAGUUAUUGACUUUCGGCAUUACUCAAUCAGGCUACAGCCUGUUGGUGUUUCACGCAGGAUACGGAAAUUUGUACAAAGCCAUCAAGUGCCUAAUCUAAGUAGUCUUCAAGAUAUGAGCGACUUUAUUACAAAGGCUGGUUAUGGAUCAGAAAGCGAAGCAGAUGAUGAGGCAGCAACUGUAAAUUUAGCAACUGAUCUCGGUAGACUAAAUAAAGCCUCAACAAAAAGUGCUGUCAAACUUCAAGAAAUUGGGCCUAGAAUGACUCUCCAACUAGUCAGGAUUGAGGAGGGAUUAUGUUCUGGUGGAGUCAUUUUUAGUGAAUUUGGAAAUAGUGGCGCCGAAAAACAGCAAGGAAGUGAAACUGAAAACCAGCAAGAAAGCGACGAGGAUUUGGAAGAAGAAGAUGAAGAAGAAGAGGAAGAGGAGGAAGAAGAAGAAAUUGAGGAAGAUUAGACAGUAACCUGUUUGCAAAUUGAAUAGCAAUGCCUUUGAAUCUUUCAAUUAGAUGCUCAACUCAACUAUGCUCAGAGCUCCAAUGGCUUCCAUGUGUUGGCAUGUUGAUCUUUUUAUACAGUGUUACUUUUUGCCCUCCCAGCUUAAUCAACACUAUCAAAUUUUGGCCUGUCUGUAACUUUUUGCAUUAUAUUCUUAUUGGUUAAUACAUGAUUAAGAAAGAAAAUGGUGUAGAAACUUUUCUUUUUCCUCCUUGUUUGGAUAUGAAAGAAAAUGCAAGGGAGCAUAAUCCCUAAACUAUCUACUAUUUUCA